UUGUUUUUGUUCUUACUGUUUCCGCGCAUGCUCCCUUCAUAGCUCUUUCCAUAAAAACCCUAACAAGCAAUAUUUUCCCGAGAAAAUCAUGAAUCCCCCUUAAAUUUCCCUCGAACCAAACACUCCCUUCAACCAGAUGGACUCUCGCCGCUCCGCUCGAACAGUCAGCGACCCCAAGGUCCGUCAAGUCGGGUUUUUCACCCAACCACCACCACCCGACCGUUCCAUCUCGGAUCCUCCGCGUCUCCACGAUCCGAUCCAAUCCUCCUCUCCUUCUUCCCCUCCGGUAAACGACAACUCUCCCUCCGGUAACUCCCUCUCCCCUGUCAUGAUCCCUCCGCCUCGUCACCACUCCGACACCCUCCUCCGUGCGGCUCUGCAAGCUACUUCCCCAACGACGUCAUUCUCGUACUCCGCUCGAACAGUAACCGUUCCUCAGGAAAACGAUGACGUAUCAUCGUUCUCGCCUGGCCGUAGGAUUGUUUCCGGAAAAUCGCCAUCGUCUUUUCCAGGCGUCAAAGCGAGUAGUGUACCCGCGAGUGAGCUUACCACUGUGUCGGUGGUCAAUUUGCCUCCAGGAAUUUCUGAAAAGUCUGGUGGAGCAGCAGUUGAAGUGCAGAAUGAUCGACCUGCUAGGUCCAAGCCAUUGAAAGAGAAAACUUCUAAAGCUGAAAGACGUGCACUGCAAGAGGCUCAACGAGCUGCCAAGGCUGCUGCAAAAGCUGAAGGAAGUAAGGCACCUGCUGCUGCAUCUAAGGUUGGGACUUCAGCAAAUACAAAACCAAGUAAAGCAGCAAAACCUCCUUCACAAAAGAAUGAUGGUUCUCAAGUUGCAGCUGAGAAGAAGGGUGGUGAUCGUGCACCUGAGAAAGAUAGAAAGAAAGAUGCUCCCCAUCCACGAAUGCAAUAUGAUGAUACGAGCCGGGUGGAGAAAGCCAAAAAGCGUGCAGUUGUAAAGCAAACUGAAGCUAGGAAUAGAGUGGAACUGUUCAGGCAUUUGCCUCAAUACGAGCAUGGAACUCAGCUUCCUGAUCUAGAGACAAAGUUUUUUGAACUCAAUCCAAUGCAUCCUGCUGUGUACAAGGUUGGAUUGCAGUAUUUAUCUGGAGAUAUAUGCGGUGGCAAUGCUCGUUGUAUUGCAAUGCUUGAAGCAUUCAAAGAGGCUAUCAAGGACUACUCAACUCCACCUGAAAAAACUCUAAUUAGAGACUUGACUGCAAGGAUUAGUAGUUAUGUUUCUUUCUUGAUUGAGUGCAGGCCACUCUCAAUUAGCAUGGGCAAUGCAAUCAAGUUUCUAAAGAGUCGAAUUGCGAAGUUACCAUUGUCUCUGUCAGAAUCAGAAGCAAAAGCUAGCCUUAUGUUGGAUAUUGAUCGUUUCAUAAAUGAAAAGAUCAUCCUUGCAGAUAAGGUGAUAGUCAAACAUGCUGUUACAAAGAUUAGAGAUGGUGAUGUUCUUCUCACAUAUGGGGCAUCCUCUGCAGUUGAGAUGAUAUUAUUGCAUGCCCAUGAACUUGGCAAACAAUUCCGUGUUGUAGUGGUUGACUCUCGCCCAAAGCUUGAAGGACAACUCUUACUACGUAGGUUGGUGAGGAAGGGCCUUAGCUGUACAUAUACUCAUGUAAAUGCUGUUUCUUGUAUCAUGCAUGAGGUUACUCGAGUUUUUCUUGGUGCUUCAUCAGUUUUGUCUAAUGGAACAGUUUACUCAAGAGUUGGGACUGCUUGUGUUGCUAUGGUUGCUCAUGCACUCCAUGUCCCUGUAUUAGUGUGUUGUGAAGCAUAUAAAUUUCAUGAAAGGGUGCAGCUUGAUUCGAUAUGCUCUAAUGAGCUUGGUAAUCCAGAUGCCAUUUCAAAGGUUCGCGGUAGAGAGGAAAUCAAUUACUUAGAUGGUUUGGUCAAUUGUGAAAAUCUGCAGCUUCUGAAUCUGAUUUAUGAUGCAACACCUUCAGAUUAUGUCUCCAUGGUAAUCACAGAUUAUGGCAUGGUGCCACCCACAAGUGUGCCUGUCAUUGUGAGAGAAUAUCGAAGAGAACACCUAUGGUCCUAGAUUGACGAGGGUUCACAACAAUUUUGCUCAUGUUGUAGACCAUCAUUCUGGUCAAUCUGAACGGAACAAUAAGGAGAGAAUUUUUUUUUUUUUAAUCAUCAUAUGUUUUCAUUUCUCCUGUUUUUUGGGUCUUCCUCACGGAAUAAGGCUAGAGGUUUCCAAUUUUGUGGGUGGGUGUUUGUUUUGUAAAGCUGACUCAGUGAAGAGUGCGAUCCUUUCGCCUCUCCGGGCAGAAGCAUGAUGCGAUCUCCUGUUGUAGCAAGUUUUGGUUAAUUUGGGUUCUCUUGAAGGA